UUCUCAUAGUAAGCGUCAGAACAACAAAGUUGCAGUCAUGUUUACGCCACAACACGGUGUCAUUACCUUCGUCUUGAUUGUGUUGCUACGCUACGGAUCUGGAGAUGUCUGCACCAAGGACAUUUCAACAAAAGGUCGACGUUUUAUGGUAACUGUUCCAGCUUUUGUAAGCCUGAUUAAUUUCAACUGCUCAAUAAGUAUAGCAAGUACAGGAAACAGCCACGCAGUAGUGUUGCAUCACAACGGGCACAACUCAACAAAGUUGGGAAAUUACAGCUUAUUGCCAGGAGCAGUGCAAAACCUUUACAUCAGUGGAAAAUCUAUAGACCAAUCUGCAGUCGGAAAGCAAACGAAAGUCAUUGAAAUAGUGUCUUCUGUUGACGUUGCUGUAUACGUCAGUGGAUACGGAUCAGGUGUUGCAGCGUCAUCUGUCGUCUUUCCUGUCGAAGCACUUUCUGUUGAGUAUUCCGUACCAACUUACAAGACAUUCCACAGGUAUGUUUACAAUCUAGACAUGGUUUAAAAAAUAACUGAGCUUCAGCAAGUCAAAUCCAUUAAAGAUUUUUAAAUUCAU